UCACCUACGGAGCCAUGUAAAUAAUCUAAUUCAAAUUACAUUUCCGUUAAUUAGGUUACCAUGGGGAAGAGAGACAACAGGAUUCAUUCUUCAUCUUCCUCCUCUUCAUCAAGUUCUGAUUCUUCUAGCAGCUCCCCUGACUCUGAUGAGGAAGAUAAGCACAUUAAAAAGAAAAGAAAAAGGAAGCACAGCUCUGCCAGGAAAUCAUCCGUGGGUUCUUCAUCUGAAUCUGAUGCUGACAGUAAGGAGUCUUCAAAAAAGAAAAAAAAGAAACCCAAGGACCCAGUGAAAAAUAAGGAAGACAGCUGUAGCAGCAGAAAGAGGAAAAGAAAGUCUUCAUCUGAUACGGACCUUGAUAUCGAUGUACCAUUGAAGAAGAAAAAGAGAAGUAGUGCAGUUAACAAAAAUGUAACUACAAGAGAAUAAAUUGUGUUCUAAAAUCAGUGUCUUGCUUUUGCAAUGUUGGAUGAAGUAAUACAUUACUGUAGUAGAUACAUUUCUAGUGUUUGUAUUUAUGUGUUUGUGUCUCUGUGUACACAUACACACACACACUCUGUCAGCACUCGUAUA